CAUGAGUUUGUCUCUACAUCUCAGCUAGUAGUUUGAUGCACACAGUAGUUUUUGUGAUAUAAAGCCCUAGCAACACUCUUCAAGAUAGCCUAUAGAGAAACAUUUGUAAAAGUGUUUUGUGAUGUGACAUGCGUUCAUAACGGAACCGCCUCCGAUCAUCAACACGCGCACUUCGGCUAAAAACACCAAUGCUAACUGCAAUGUGGCUGCUCUUAUUGAGGAAGUGUUGUUAGCUUUAAAGUGAACUAAUCCAGCAGUGAAUUUAUGUUGAAUUAUUUUUGUAGUCAGCAGACAGUCUAGUAUUUUAAACGAUCUGGAUUCAAAUUGGAUUCGGUCUGUGCACAUACACAGAUAAACUGACGCGACUGGUCUUAUUUUGAUACGCAUAUAGCGCGAUGACUUGACUUGACUUGAUGGUGUGUCUGUCUCGCACUCGUCUGUGACCUAUUUGAAUGGUGACGUCACGCCGUUAAUCUUUAAUUUCCGAGCACGCUGUGCGCAAUAACAUUCAGUCGCACCGGUUAGAAGCAGCUGGAUUUGAAGUUCGUAUCUGAAGCCUGGAUCUACCGCUAGAAUGGGGUCUAACGGAGACCUCAACGCAAACUCGCAGUGUCUCAGUAGCACUGGAGACCUGGUCCUGGACAAAGCGAUCAGUCAGUGGAUGACCUGGGAUAAGAAUCCUCAGACACGGGAACAGAUCGAGUCUCUGGUGCGAGAGGGGCGUGUGGUGGAGCUGAGGAGGAGGUUGUGCUCCAGAAUGACGUUUGGAACGGCUGGCUUGAGAGCCCCGAUGGGAGCGGGGUUUGCUCGCAUCAAUGACCUUACGGUCAUCCAGUCUACACAGGGAAUGUACAAAUAUUUAUCCAAAUAUUUCCCUGAUCUGAAAACAAGAGGGCUGGUGAUUGGUUAUGACACUCGUGCCCAAGCAAGCAGUGGCUGCACCAGUGAACGGCUUGCAAGGUUGACUGCAGCUGUUAUGCUUUGUAAAGAUAUCCCUGUCUAUUUGUUCUCUACAUAUGUGCCUACCCCAUUUGUGCCGUAUGCUGUGAUGAAGUAUGGAGCUGCAGCUGGAGUCAUGAUCACUGCGUCUCAUAACAGAAAAGAGGACAAUGGGUACAAGGUUUACUGGCACAAUGGUGCACAGAUCUCCUCACCACACGAUAAGGGGAUCUUGCAUUGCAUCGAGGAGAGUACCGAACCAUGGACUGAGUCCUGGAACAUGGACCUAGUUGAGAGCAGCCUGUUAAGGAGAGACCCGCUGGAGGACGUCUGCCGCUGGUACAUGGAAGAGCUAAACACUGUCUGCUUCCACAGAGAACUUAACGCAAAGUCUCCCCUGAAGUUUGUGCAUUCAUCUUUCCAUGGUGUUGGUCACAACUUUGUCCAGAGAGCUUUUCAGCAGUUUGGCUUCCCACCCCCUAUCCCUGUUCCAGAACAGAAAGAUCCAGAUCCAGAAUUUUCCACUGUCAGUUGUCCUAACCCAGAGGAAGGAGAAUCUGUCUUAGAGCUGUCCCUUCGUUUGGCUGAGAGAGAAAAGGCUUGCAUUGUUGUGGCCACAGACCCUGAUGCUGAUCGCUUGGCUGUUGCAGAGCAGAAUGACAAUUCCAGUUGGAAAGUGUUCACGGGAAAUGAGUUGGCUGCAUUGCUCGGCUGGUGGAUGCUGUAUAACUGGAAGGAAGCACAUCCGGACCCAGCAGACACUGAGAGAGUAUACAUGCUGGCCACCACUGUUUCUUCCAAAAUACUUAAUGCCUUUGCACGCAUAGAAGGCUUUCAUUUUGAGGAAACAUUGCCCGGCUUCAAAUGGAUUGGAAAUAGAAUCCAUGAAUUAACAAAAGCAGGAAAGGAGGUCAUUUUUUCCUUUGAAGAAUCCAUUGGGUUUUUGUGUGGGAACAUGGUUCUUGAUAAGGAUGGAGUCAGUACAGCGGCUGUUGUGGCUGAGAUGGCUGCUUAUCUGCACACCAAAAACCUUUCCUUGAACCAACAACUAUGCAACAUCUAUGAAAUAUAUGGCUAUCACAUUUCCAGAACAUCCUAUGUCCUCUGCAAUGACCCACCCACUAUUUAUAGAAUAUUUAACCGUCUGCGCAACUUCGGGGGCCUGGGUGUAUACCCAGGAUUAUGUGGUGAUUACUGCAUCACACACAUCAGAGAUGUGACCACUGGUUAUGACAGCAGUCAGCCUGACAAAAAAUGUAUCCUUCCAUUGACAAAAAAUAGCCAAAUGGUUACAUUCACAUUUCAGAAUGGCAUUGUUGCCACACUUAGGACCAGCGGGACUGAGCCAAAGAUCAAGUAUUACACAGAAUUCUGCGCACAACCAGGAGAACGCGACAUCUCUUGUCUGGAGGAGGAGUUGAGAAAAGUGACCACUGCUCUAGUUGAAGAGUUUCUUGAGCCUGACAAGAACAACCUUCUUCGCAGAUCAGUAUAGCUUUAUUUAACUUGUGGUAAGAUCGUUGUCCUCAUGGGAAUCUCAUGUAAACCGGUCCCAAAGGCCUGUCACUGUACCGUCCUGUGAAUGUCAUUGUAUUACUGUGAAAUAAUUUGAAGCAUUAACACUUCAUGGCUCUCUCUCAAAAAAAAAAAAAAAAAAAUGUAAGUAUGAAUGCUUAUUCAUUGUAGUGUUUAAUAUGACAAAAAAUUGUCAUGAUCAUUUUCUUUUCUUUUUUUCUUAUCACAAUUGAAUGUGUUUUGCUCAGAGAAGUGAAAUUACAAGGCUUUGAUUUUAUUUCUAUAACAUUUUUCAAGAAACCCAAACGUUGAGUGCCACAUUAUUGCCAUUACUUCUGUUGUAUUAAUCCCACCUGUUUUGACCUGUUGUUUGCUGGUGUCCACAUUAUAUUACAUUAUUAUUUUAACCCAUGAUCUGCUCGUUGUUGUAAGAGGUUUUGCUGAGAGUUGCUGCUGCUACCUUUUUAAAGCUCUGUGAACAUGUGUAUUUGUUUUGCUCUCAUAAACCCGUGUCCGUAUUAAUGUGUUGAUGCUCACAUAUGUGUUGCAACGUUUGUUGAUGCUCACACGCUUUAUGUGGUGUAUAUGCGUUGAUAAUCAGGAGGCAAGCAGGACAGCAUCUUGUUGCUUGCCUGACUUUUGCUGGUUUUGUCAUGCUGGAUACGCACAGAGUAAAUGUACUGAAUGGAAGAAUCUGUGUUUUGUAUUUGAAACUUUUGAUUUCUGCUGUACACAGUUUGAUGGGCAUAUUUGACUUUUGUGGGUUAUAUACACAAUGUGCAAGUUGCAGUAAGUCAUACAAGUGCCAUUGCCUUGCAAGCAAGACAAGCAAGGCAUUGGACUCUACUGAUAGAUUAAGACCUGGAGAAGGAUAAUUAUUCACUCCCUAAACAAGAACUUUCAAAACAGUUCAGAAAAGAAAAGUUGGUCACGUUACUGUUUUAUUUCCUAACAGUUCUCCAUCACAUUUCUUUGUACAAAUUAAGAAACAAAUUGUUUAGGCAUUUUUAUUUUUUUUUUUCUUCAUUUUUCCAAAGGAUCUUAAACUACUAUAUUUAUUUUGUUGUUCUAUAACUAUGCACUCUGAUAGUUAUUUCUGCCAUACAUUUGUUUUUGCCCACCAUGAAUUAGAUUUAUCCUUGUCUCAAUUAAUAUUGAGUUGGUGCCAUUUAAAGGGUUAGUUCUCCC